UCCUCUCCAUUUUUCUCCUCCUAUCGAUUUUGCAGUUUGGCCCCUGGGGAGGCAGGGAUUCCGGCUCCGGUCCCCCGGCUCCUCCUUGCCUCCCUCCUGCUGCUCCUCCUCUGAUCGAGGCUGAAGCUGCUGCUCCAGGAUAUACAUUUUUGUGGCAAUGGGGAAUUCAUGCCAAAAUGGAACCUAUGGGAACAAUUACCAGAACUACAACAGGUUUCAGAAUGACCGUUUGGUUUCUAGGUACGAUGAUGGGAAUGAUACUGAGGAUUGCUACUCGGGCUCAUCUAGGGCCAGCUUAGCGGGUGCUCUGCGGCAAGGGCUGAACCUAAAGACCAUCCCUGUCCUUGGAUUCAAGACUCCAAAUGUAAGGGAUCUCUAUACUCUUGGCCGGGAUCUUGGGCAGGGACAGUUUGGGACGACAUAUCUCUGCACUGAGAUCAGCACAGGGUGCCAAUAUGCAUGCAAGACUGUCCUGAAGAGUAAUUUCCGAUGCAUGGCAGAUAUCGAGGAUGUGCGCCGUGAAAUUCAGAUAAUGCAUCAUCUUUCGGGUCAGAAGAAUAUAGUGACAAUCAAGGACGCGUAUGAGGAUGAGAAGGCCGUGCACAUCGUCAUGGAGCUAUGUGCAGGUGGUGAGCUCUUUAGCAAGAUUCAGAAGCGAGGUCAUUACAGCGAACGGAAGGCCGCAGAGCUUAUAAGAAUUAUUGUUGGUAUCAUAGCAACGUGCCAUUCACAUGGAGUCAUUCACCGUGAUCUCAAGCCAGAAAAUUUCCUCUUACUGGAUGCAGAUGAUGAAUUGUCAGUUAAAGCAAUUGACUUUGGUUUAUCUGUAUUCUUUAGACCAGGCCAGGUUUUCACAGAGAUAGUUGGAAGUCCAUACUAUAUUGCUCCAGAGGUAUUGCAGAAGCGUUAUGGACCAGAGGCUGAUGUAUGGACAGCUGGAGUGAUUCUGUAUGUAUUGCUGAGUGGUGUUCCUCCAUUUUGGGCAGAUACACAAAGCGGAAUAUACGAAGAAGUCUUGGAAGGACAAAUUAAUUUUAAAUCAAACCCAUGGCCCAGGAUAUCUGACAGUGCAAAGGAUCUUCUUAAAAAAAUGCUCUGUCCUUCUCCAUCAGAGCGUUUGAAAGCCCAUGAAGUGCUAAAGCAUCCCUGGAUAUGUGAUAAUGGAGUGGCUACUGAUCGAGCUCUGGAUCCAAGCGUCCUUCCUCGUCUCAAACAAUUCUCUGCAAUGAAUAGGCUAAAGAAAUUGUCUCUCCAGGUUAUUGCUGAGCGCCUUUCAGAAGAAGAGAUUGUUGGGUUAAGAGAAAUGUUCAAGGCAAUUGACACCCAAAACAGAGGCGUGGUUACAUUUAGUGAGCUUAAAGGACUGAGAAGAUACAGCUCAGUGUUCAAGGAUACUGAAUUUAGCGACUUAAUGGAAGCAGCCGAUGAUGAUACCGCCACCACCAUCAAUUGGGAAGAGUUUAUUGCUGCAACAGUGUCUCUUAAUAAAAUAGAACGUGACGAACAUUUGAUGGCAGCCUUUACAUACUUUGACAAAGAUGGAAGUGGUUUUAUCACCGUUGACAAGCUUCAAAAGGCUUGCAUGGAACGUAACUUGGAAGAUACUUUCCUUGAAGAGAUGAUUCUGGAGGUUGAUCAAAACAAUGACGGACAAAUCGACUACGCUGAAUUUGUGACAAUGAUGCAAAGCAACAACUUUGGGCUUGGGUGGCAAACAGUGGAGAGCAGCCUGAAUGUAGCUCUGAGGGAGGCACCCCAAGUGUACUGAACUCCUGUCGCCGGUACCCCCAAAAUGUAAUGAACUCCUGUAGCAGCAGACAGUCUGUUCUCUUGAACCUUUCAUCUGUUUAUGACACAACACAUGGUUGUGAAUCUGAGAGGAGAACCAAGACUAGAUCUUUUACCAGUGUUCACCCUAUAUAUAGCAGUGGUGUGAGAACUGAGAAGACUCUCUAGUACCUGCCUAGUAGCAUUUACAAUGUGUGGCCUAGAGACAAUGGUGUGGAAUCGCAUAUGUAUGUACCUACCAGUUACUCAUAAGUUCGUUUGUUUGGUUGGUUGUUACCCUGCUAUUUGAUAAAAAUAAAAAUAACAAUAAUAAUACCG